CUCAAAGAAGAGAAACGGUCGCUGCCGUCAGUGUUGCUGGUGCCGCUGCUGCUCAGAGAGCGGGAAGGGAAGCGGGCUGAGAGAAGAAAAGAGCAGAGCGCUGCAGUCGCUGGCCCUGAAAGGAGAGGAUAGCGGGACUCUAUCGAAACGAUAAACAUGGUGGAUUAUUACGAAGUUCUAGGAGUGCAUAGGCAUGCCUCACAAGAAGACAUUAAGAAAGCGUACCGUAAACUAGCAUUAAAGUGGCACCCUGACAAAAAUCCAGAUAACAAAGAAGAAGCUGAGAGGCAAUUUAAGCAAGUAGCUGAAGCUUAUGAGGUUUUAUCAGAUGCUAAAAAACGUGACAUCUAUGACAAAUACGGAAAAGAAGGCUUAAAUGGAGGAGGAGGUGGAAGUCAUUUUGAUAACCCAUUUGAGUAUGGCUUUACAUUCCGGAACCCGGAUGAUGUCUUCAGAGAGUUCUUUGGUGGAAGAGACCCAUUUUCAUUUGAUUUCUUUGAAGAUCCUUUUGAUGACUUUUUUGGUAAUAGACGAGGGCCACGUGGAAACAGAAACAGAGGUGGUGGAUCCUUUUUCUCUGCCUUCGGUGGAUUUCCUGCCUUUGGGAGCGGUUUUUCUUCAUUUGAUACAGGUUUUACUUCGUUUGGGUCUUUGGGACAUGGCGGCCUUACUUCAUUCUCCUCCACGUCGUUUGGUGGCAGUGGGAUGGGUAACUUCAAAUCGGUAUCGACUUCAACUAAAAUAGUUAAUGGCAGAAAAAUUACUACAAAGAGAAUUGUUGAGAAUGGACAAGAGAGAGUAGAAGUUGAAGAAGAUGGCCAGUUAAAGUCUUUAACAAUAAAUGGUGUAGCUGAUGAUGAAGCUUUUGCUGACGAAUGCAGACGCAGAGGACAGAACGCCUUGCCUUUCCAGCCUGCUAACGUUCGCUCUCCAAAGUCCCUGAAGCCUGCCGCCUACCCCAAGCAUGUCUUUCACUGUAAUAGCGAUGAGGAUGAUGACUUGGUUAUGACCGGCUGGGAGAGUCCCCUUUAUUCAUCAGGACACAAAGAAGUCAGCAAGAGGAAGAAGCAGAAGCUGAGGGAGGAACAGAAGAAGAAGAAGUCAGCCAAGGCACCAUAUUAAAAUGGACUCCGAUGCCCUAAAACACUGUCCUUUUGUUGUCGUACCAUUCAACCCCACCCAGAUUCCUGGUGCAUAUUUUCCGUAUGGCUAUUCUCACUUAGCAAGGGAGGUGACGACUCCUGAUUAAAGUACACUAAACUUGCACUAUUAUGCUUGAGCAUCACAGAUUCGCUUGAGUUUCUGUAAGACACCCCAGUCAGAAACAUGCUCCACAGAAGUCAUUUCCAUUCAAAUCAGUGGGUUUGACUUCCAUGUAGCGUGUUUAGGAUCACGAUGUCUGAUAAUAAGCAGAUUCUGGCUAGAAAUAUGUUGUAUUUUUGAAGUUCGAAAAAUAUAAUGUUGUGGGACGUUUUGACCUCUUCCUUUCCUGGGGCUAAAGCUACUUGUAGCCUAGUGUGUUUCUUCUAGGACUAUGAAGUUGUAAACAAUGUCUUUAUUUUUUAAAAUGACCAUUUUGAUCGUGGAGUAUCCUGACUUUUUUUAAAAAAACCUAAUUUGAACCAUAUUUCUCAUUUAAAUUUCUUGGAUUUAAGUUUUAACUUUACCUCGAGCAUAACACCUAAGCAAGUAUUAUUGGUUUUCUACAUUUAUUUUCCCCAAUGGAAAAAGUGAUUGACUUUUCUUGUUUACACAUGCCAUUAUUUAUGUACUUUGCAUCUUGACUACCGUCCUGUAAUGAUUUGAGACGCCAGUUUUCCAAUGAGCUGCUUUGUGAAAUUGAUCCUUGUGAGUUUAUUACAAUCCCUUGAACUCUUAUCAAGCCAAAUAAUGACCUACUUUGAAACAGUACACUAGUUUUAUUCGCUGGAUAUUAGCAGGCAUGAAGAGGUUUUCGUGUUACAUGCUAAGUAAAAUUAGGGUCAUAACACCAUAUCUGACCUACUAAAUUUCACCUCCCUAGCCUGGGCUGGCAUUUGAAGCUACGUGGACAAGAUGAAGUCUUGACUAGGAUUUGGAACAGUUAUUUUGUACACUAGGCAUACACAACGUGUGUUGGUUCUUGUUUUGGCUAAAAGUGGCAGGGGGGGAUGAGAGCAUGCACAUACUUGCUUGGGAAAUUAAGGAUUUGAAUAUAGUAAGAUGACUUCAUUCCCCCUCCAUAUAAAUGUUUAAUUUGCAUGGUACAUAGCUUUCGUUAACCUAAAAACUAAAUACUAAGUUGGAGGCUUCUGUUCCUUUAAUUUCUUCCAAGCAUGGUCACUGUAAGUAAGUUGCCUUUUUGCUGCUUAAAGUUGCCAGCUGCUUUGAUCUCCUGUGAAUGUCGUCUCGUCCCCCCAAAUAAAUUAUGUUAUACUUAUUCUCAUUGGCACUGUUGGAAACCUAAAUUUCCUGGAGAAAUCUUUAAUUACUCUCUAAUAAUGUAGCUUAGGUCAGGAAGAUGAUGCAGGAGGAUUUGGGGUACUUAUUUGGAUUCAUCUUUAAUGCUUGUAUUAUGAAAAUAUAAUCUCAUGCAACUCUUUAGGGUAUUUAAAAUACAAUAUGUCUGAAAUAAAAUGCAGAACAUUUUUUGUUACAUAGAUACCACUGAAUUGUGUCAUGCAGUGUUACUAAUAUUUAAAGAAAUAAAUUCAGUUCCUUAUUC